GCCGAGAGGAAACCAGGCAGCCGCGCACGGGGAGGGGCUGCGGCGGUGCCUGCUGUGUGCCCGCCGGGAGGCUCGGGCGCAAGAAACAAGUCACGGAGAAAGCAGCCGGGCAGCCUGGGCGUUCCUCUCAGGCCUUCAGGCUCCCUCCUCCUGCUUCUGAACAGGUAAGCUCCAUGUCCAUCUUGCACGUCCAGUGUUGUCCCUGUGGUUCUCUGCUGACAAGAUGUCCUAUAACAGACUUUCCUGUUUGUGUGUGGAGGCCAGGUUCCCUUUGUAUGUCCUUGAUAUCCUCAGCAAAAAGCUGUUUCAGGGAUUCAUCACCAGAGGCUUCCAGUUUCAUGAGAGGGGCUCGUGUAUUGGCCAGGAGCAAAGCUGAUGGCUACUACUACCUGGGCCACAUUGCCCGAGAGGUGAAGGGCUCCAGGGAACACUUCGUAAUUGAGUUUGACAGAAGUCGCGCUCUGAAAGGCACGGGGCAGCCUGGCACACAGGAGACACCUCUCUACGACAUUCUCCACUAUGAAGAUGCCAGGCAACAGCCCCUUGCUCCAGGAGACAGGGUCUUGGCACCAUGGGAGGCUAGAGCCGAGCGUUUUGGCCCAGGCAUCGUGCUAAAGGUUCUGGAGAACAAGGAGGCACAUUUAGCACACAACAGAAGGGGGGUGCUUGUAAAUUUCUGGAAUGGGCAAACUAAGGAGGUUUCUUCUGACCAAGCUCUGCGGAUCCCUCUGCCUUUAAGCGAGCGCAUCAUCCUAGAGCUGCAGAUGCCUUUAUCAGCCAGGCAGAUGGUGGUAGACUCAAGCUUGGAUUACCCUUACAUUGUCACACCGGGUUACAGAGCCUCAGACCAUCACAGACAGGCUCACUCAGCCCAGGACUACUGGCCCAGGGGUCUGUAUUCAACUCAGCCCUGUGCUAAGUGCAGCUGUGGGUGUACCUUGCUUCCCCAUUGCUGCCUUGCAGCAUGGGAACCCACACAGCCUACAGGGUGCAGUGUGCAGCAGGAAGAUGCCUUUAUCCCAGGAACAAACUUGACUAAAGAAGAACUCAGUAAGAAAAUAGAAGAACAAUUGUCUGAAGUGAAGAUUUCAUCUUCAGAAAGUGCUUGCAGAGAGGAAGGGGAGGAGGAGGAGAAGAGAUUGAAGACAGAAGAUUUUCCAAAAGAUGUUCAGUCUCAUUUGGAAGAGGACAAGGAGGUUAUAGAACAUAAGAAGAGUCCUCAGAGGGAGAGGGCUCAUGCUGUGGUUGAUACUGCUGUCAACACAGACAGCUGGUUAAUGGAACUCCACAAGGAAGAAGCAGAGGGCAGACAGCAGGAUGCUGAAACUGAGGAUAAUGUUAAACACAAACAUGGUCUUUUUGAGUGCAGAGUGGCAGAAGCUCCAAUCCAGCAUUCCCAAAGGAGUCCUUCCCUGGGAACCAGUGCUUUGGUUCCUUUCAGGUGCCAAAGCUUCUUUGACCGAGUGAAUCAAUCACUAGAGAAAGACAGCCUGGUCAUCAAAUCAGCUCUACGUGUCCAGAGACAAUACAGUACCUUCAAAGUGCAGGCUAGGAGAGCCACAGAUCCUCUAAAUCUUCUGAAAGACAAAAGCAUUACAAAAUCAGUCCUUCAUGAUGCAUCUCAGGAGAGGUGGAAAAAGACAGACUUUGACAGAGCAAAGAUUGAGCACAAAAGGUGGCAAGAGGAACAGAGGCAGUUGAAGAGAGAGCAGCAGCAGCAGGCAGAUGACAUCCGGCGCCAGCUGCGCAGGGACAACAAGAGGCAGCAAUUGCAUCAGAGAGCGUUGCAAGGGCUGGAGAAUGAGCUGGAGCACAAAGACAGAGCUUUGCAGCACGUGGCACUGCUUCAGGCUGCUUGGGCAGAGAGGAGCAGGAAAGAAUCCUUGUCAGAAGAGGAGGAGAAGAGGAAGGCAAGUCAGAGGCUGCAGUUCCUAAAGACACAGCGUUUGCAGAGAGAGGUGUUACAGGCAGAACGCAAUGAAAGGGGCUUUGAGCAAGAGAAAGAAAGGCUGAAUUUUCUCAGGAGCAGAAUGCAGUCACGGCAGGAAAUGCUGGAACAAGAAUCACAGGAGCAGGAGAGGCAGCAAAAACGGCACCAGGUUGCCAAAGGGAAAGCAUUCCAAACCAGAGGUCGUUCGCUCCAGAAGAUGGAAAGAGAAGGCCAGAAACUCUGUGAACUUCAGCAGUACCUCAGAGAACAGAGUCUUUUGAUGCUUCGGGCAUCACUGCUAGCGUAAGGAAGCUGCAGAGUAGGUAAGCAGGUCCUUGAGCUGUUCACAGACCCGAUCUGUGUCUUUUAGGUGUAAGUCACUCUGCUGGAGCUUGGGUGCUUGAGUGCAGUUGUGAGAAGUGGAAUUGAUUAAGGGUUAAAUUUUCUAAGACUUAUAUGAUGAUAUAGAGUAGAAUCUGUUAACGCAUAUGUAUAUUUUAAGGGAAUAAAUAUGUACUGCUUUUGUCCGUUGGUGUGCGUGUUUGGAAGACUGAUCCCCUGCGCACCCAGCGCUGCAAUAGAUACCUACCUGCUUUGUAGCUACACAGGGACAGUAGGUGGAGACAAUCUGCCACUUUCCAACCUUGCCUGCUGGAGCAGUGAGUUGAAACAAUUGGGUAACUUCUAGUCCCGGUGCAGAUACAGUGAUUUUAUGGCGAUUGGGUACUCCCUAAAUGUACCCAGAAUUCUGUUGCCUGAGAAACAUACCCAAGACCACUCCUGCUCAGAUUACAAGCCCACCCUGAAAGUUGCCAGUGAUCACCUGACUGUGGCAACAAUGGGAAAAUAGUGCCCAAAGUCAAUCAUUUUGUGACCCUAUAAAUAUCAGUCCUGAAGUGGCUAAUGGUUGGAUUUGAUCUUAAAGGUCUUUACCAACCAAAAUUAUUCUGUGAUUCUGUGUGAGGCCUUUAAGAGCUUUCCAGGAUCACAGCAAACUGAUACCUUGUGUCUGUCUGAUGGAAAGGAGUGAGUAGCCUGCUACUUCUCAUUUUGCAGCAAAUAGUUCAAAUUAUAGUAACUUACUAUAAUUCCAUCUCACAGAUCAAUCAGAUGGAUAGUUCACUGCAACUUUUUUGUGCAGUUUGACGGUCAUAAGAUACCAACAUUUAAGAGCUUAACAUAAGUUAACCUCUGUAUCUGUAUGUGUGUAUGUGAGCCAUUUAGUUUAGAAAUGGUUACAUUUUUAUUGAACUACUGUACUUGAUUUAAGAAAUUGUUAAUUAUUACCAGAAAAUAAUCUAAUCCAAUGUUGUGAUUUAUUAUAAUAGUGUAAAUCAGUCUCAGUCUGUUGUUAUUCCAAAUCCCACCAAACAAUUGUGUUAAAGCACUAAACUGAGCCCCCUACACCUAAACCGGGGACUAGGAGUGGAUCCAGCUUCACCUAGACUCCUCUCUGAGCAAGGUGAUCCACUCUGAAUUUCGUGACUCAAUGGGAGUCACAUUUCUUUAAGGUCAAGGCCCACAUAAAAUAGGAAGUGUAGUUACAUAAUGCUGUCAUGUGACUUACCUAGCUGUGUUUACAUUACAUGAAAUACGGGGAAGGAGAGCUGGACACCAGCUGGAUGUUAAAAAAAAAAAAAAAGAACCACAAAACAACUCUGCAGCAGUGAAAAUGUACAUGCUGAAAUGCAAUGUAAAUUAUCCACAGCAGGUUCUGUUAUUAAAAACUGACUCUUGCAAGUGUCCCACUGCAUACAAGUUGCAGAGCUCCACAGAGAAAUCCCCAAACAUAUAACAAAGUCAUGCUACCCCCAUUUGGGGGAGGGGAGAAGCCAGUUGCUUGUCCACUGGAAUGGCUGACACCACCGGCUUCAUUAAGGGAAGUCAGUAACGCACGUGGAACAUCUGGGGAGUCAGGAGCAAGUUUCAUUGUGGACUCCAGGGAGCCUGAAUGGGGAACUCUUCUCCCCAUAUAGCACUACUGGCUGUUUCAUGCACAGUUUGUUCAUCUGUCCUUGCAGCAUUGUCAUUUAUUCAUGGUGAACAGAAAGUCUGUUUAUUCUGACCAGGCACUCUACCUGCAGCCGUACCCCAGUGCCUUUCUGAUGUUACAUCUCCUGCUUUUGGAGACAGCCGACCUGAAAGUGAGAUAACAGGCAAAACAGACACCCCCCCCCCAAAGCCCACCACUGGGUUUGGUGGUUCUCCAAAGACAGGACUUCAGAGAACAGCUGUUUUUCUCAUCACAAUGCCUAGAAAGAGUGGCUUGUCACAAGAAAAAAAAUCCUUUUUACAUUCCUUUGCAUGGCUGUGCCCAUGAGCUGCCUAACUAAUGGGGUGAAAAUGGGAGGGGGGAUGACACAACUGAAAUAAAGUGGGUGCUGGCAGCAUGUGGAGAUUCUCUUGAAUAGAAAGUUUGAGGGUUGCUUGCUUUUAUUCUUUUUUGAGUUAUCUUUUACACAAAAUCAUGUGCUAGUUAGGACAACAGUGUACCUAGUUAUGAGUUCAAGUCUGCCCCAACUUGUCAAAACAAGCCUAAAACUUAGAUAUUCAACUCUACUGCUGCUUUCAUCCUUAAGCAUUUGGAAAUUGAAUAUGUAAUGAUUAAGGGAAAGUACGUUAAAUAUAUUGAGCAGAAGCUAAACUUACUCUUCAGACUUAAUUUAUAUAUCCUUAAUCAUUAUUUUAUAAUCAUCAUAAAACAGCAGAUGGUAUGCUUGUGAACUUUCUCUUCAUUGCUUAACCAUUUGAAAACAGACCACCACAGACACUCUGCUGCUGCAAUUUCACAUACAGUGUGUCUGGGAACACAUUUUGUGUUAAGAGUAUUUCCAAUCAUUCACACACACUGCUUCUCACUGUAAAAAUACAGCCUUCAUUUUAAUACUACUAUUAAAAUAACAACCUGUAAGACGUA